GGCGCCCCCUAGAACCUAAACCGUGGGGUGCAGCGUCAUGAUUUGAAUAACUUUUAAUGGCCAUGGGGUGUAGAUUGGCCUAAGCAAAUGUGGUGCCGGUGGAACGAAAGCCUUCGGAGGAGUUAGCGAAAUUCCAAUGUGUGCGGAUCGGCAAAAAAUGCGAAAUAACCCUUUAACCGUACAUUUGACAGAUACGCCCGCACUGACUUUUUUGUAGAUCUUAUUGAGAUACAUGUGUGUGUCAAUUUUUGUGUCAUUUUGACAAAGCGUACAGGCGUGACAGUGAAUAGUGUGAAUUUUCACCUUAGGGGGCGCUAUGGAGCCAUUUUGCAUUUUCUUGUUUGGGCGACUUCAGAAUAUCAAAUUUUUCACCAGGCCCGGUCGUCCUGCCAAAUUUCAUGAGUUUUCGCCAGUGGGAAGUGGGCCAUUUUCCAGUUCAAAGGGGAGGAAAAAUAAUAAUAAUAACAAAAGAAGGAAACUACAGGAACAAGAGGGCUCUCGCAGCUGCUUAGCAGCUACGCUCGGGCCCUAAAAACAGACGGUUGAAGCCAGCGAGUUCUGGUGAGUCCGAUUCCCAUCAUCGGAAAACCGGGCGGUGUUCGGUGCGGUGUGGUGGUUUCUCUUCCUGAUUUUCUCACUCUCUAAAGUUUCAGUUGAAAAACUUUGGUCUGUGAACUCUUAACUUGUUUCUAAGAUUUCAGCCCAAAGUGUUGAACAUCUGUGUGCUCUAUGUCUAUGACUGAAAAUAAAGGGUGGGGUCUGUGGUCAGAUUCAGGGAGGGGUAGUGCGGUCUUCGUACCAACAAGAAGGACCCUGCGUGAACUUCUCCUUCACACUUCCUCUUUCUUACCCGUCUCCAGGAUGUCUUUUGAUGAUUUCAAGAGGAACUUCACAAAGCUGGAGAUGUGUAACCUGACCCCUGACACCCUGCAGGGUGAGGAGAGACACACCUGGACUGUGUCUGUCAAUGAGGGUCGCUGGGUGAGAGGAAACUCUGCGGGGGGCUGCAGGAACUUUCCAGGUGGGCCUGUCCUCCUCCUCCUCCUCCUCCUCCUCCUCUAAACUCAUGAUGUUUGAAGCUCCUCUGAGUGUCUUCACUGGAGCUCUAGAUGUUGAUGUCGUUCCUCACAGACACGUUCUGGACCAACCCUCAGUACCGGCUGCAGCUGUACGAGGAGGAUGACGACCCAGAGGACGGGCGGGUGGUCUGCACUUUCGUGGUGGCGCUGAUGCAGAAAGGUCGAAGGAUGCAGCGCCAUCAAGGGGCCAAAUUUCUCACCAUUGGAUUUUCCAUCUAUGAGGUAAUGAGGAGCAUAGAUAUCUGUAAGAAAGGCUAGAUGACUCUAUGAGGCGGAGUCAACAGUGUCUCUACACGGCGGCCAUCUUACUCCAGUAUACCAGUCUGAUCUUCUCUAUGGUAGCUGACAGGAAGUGAGUAAUCUGAUCAGAAAUCCUCUAAACUCUCUGAAAUCUCCACAGAUUUAUAAACGGUUUAGUUUAUUACAGACUUUAAUAACGAGGGUCUGGAUGUUGGGACAUCCCAGUUGUUUCAUGGCUAUUUGUGAGCAAGGGUUAACUUUGAGUCACUUUGUCAACGCUGAGACCACAAUCAAGAUUUUAAUUUAUGGUAAGACAGACUAUUUUUAUUUAUUUAUUCAGUCUAGGUGUCAGUCUUUGUGGAUGGUCUUGUGUUUAUCAGCUGUCUAACUUGGCUAACAGACUCACUGUGAGUGAGACCAUGUACAUAUUACAAAGUUGACCCAGUAAUUUUACAUCAGUUAAAGAGACAGAAAUGCUCUUUAGAUUCAACAGAACUGAAGUUACACAUGAUUUCUAAACUGUUUGGUUUGUUAAAAACAUCUAAAAUGGAAACAUGAGGCAGAAAUUUAUAUUGAAAAUAAAUAUUUAUAUAUGUUAUUGUUAUAUCAGUAAUAUUUAUAAUAAAGGGAAAACUAUAAUAACAUAUAACAUACAUGGAAUGAUUAAAUGUUUUAAAUGAUUGAAUAUAACUGCCUUGUAUGUGUAGACCUGUAGCUGUUGCUCUAACUAUCUGUUUAAUGUUUAUUUAUGUAAAUCCAUGGUUAAAAUUAUUCUUGAGUAUGAGGGAUCAUAACUAAAACUCUGAGGUUUGUUACAAACCAAACUGUUUAAAAAUCGGUUUAAAAUUAAUCAAUCUAUGGUUAUUUAUAUGUUACAUGAACUGUAGACUGGAAUGUUAGGAGAGGGCAAGCUGACUGUAGCAAGAUGGCCGCCAUGCGCAGACGUCAGUCUCCGUUGGCUAACAGCGUGCGUGAGUCAUCUAGCGUUUCUAUAUCUAUAUCUAUGCUGAGGAGACUCUCAGACUCUGAGAGGUGUGAACGUUUAACCCUUUAACUUCUGCUCUGUCUUCACAGGUGCCUAAGGAGGUACGGCCAUGUUGGAUCAGGACACUGUCAUGAAUGAGUCAGCACUUUAACAGACCGGACUCAUGUCCAUGCUGAUGUUUGUGCAUGAGGGGACA